UACUUCGUAAUCAAUAUCUGUAAUGUAUUGUUUACCUUAUUGAUUUGCAUGCGUGUGUUGGAAGCGCCACCUAUCAUCUUACGGUUACAGCAGCUGAUUACAAGAUGUAGAUUCCUAACGGGCUUCAAAAGAUGUAACACAUUGGGGACACAAUGGACAAUGCUUCAUUGUGGGGAGUCAUUAUUUUACUCCCAAUAUGGGCAGCUCUUGCAGAUCAAGCAUUAUACAUGGACACCUAUGGACAUUGCAAUAUGGAUGGAUAUUAUCCAAUCAGUGACGAGACCGUUACCCUGAGCGGCAGGGGAGGGGGACAGGCAUACAAGACAAUGAUUUGUGUUAUUAAAUUCAGGGCUGAAAGAGAUGAACAAAUCUGCAUCAUCUUUGAUGAACUAAGUAUCAAGGAAAGAGGAACUCAUCUCUCGAUCUUUGACGGCCAGUUAUCUAGUGGUAACCCUAAGUACAACUUCGGACAGCGUAGUUCAGCCUCUAGUUUGUGUAGUACAGGAAGAUACCUGACAGUAAAACUGGAGAAGGAAAAUUACAAAUCAACUAAUUUUCAGUUUAAACUAAGAAUUUUAGAGGAAAGUCAAACUGAUGGUUUGAUAAACGGUUUAAAUGGGUUUGUGAUGUCAGUUGGAGUAAUCAUUGCUAUCAUUAUUUGUGUUGUGGUGCUGAUCACAGUUUUUGCCGUUGUUAUCGUCUGUUGCUGUUGUAAAACUGGCGGGAUAAGCCAGUCUAAAGGAAUAAAAAUGAAUCGACAAUCAGGACCACAACAAGGGUGUAGUAAUCAACGUCCAGCUCCAUCAGUGUGUUUUACAUUACUCCACCACUUCAGGACUAUGGACAGGAUGGAUAUCAUCCCGUGCCAAUACAAGACGGUGAACCUCCGCCGGCGUACUCUGAACAACCACCGCCAUACACAACUGCGGAUAUUCCGUCUUGACGAAUCAAAAGCUGCCAUCAUUUGUAAUGUGUUGUCUAAGUAGAAUACUUUUAACUGAUUAUUUUUGUAAAUCAGGGAGUUAUUUAUUAUCCUAGAGCAUAUUUGUUAAAUAUAAAAAGUGUAUGAAAUCAUGUUAUCUAGGAUAACACAAAUGAAAUAUCUUAAAAUUGAAACUAUCUUCCUUAAAUAUGAACAUAUUUUUAUAUGUAAUAAUUCAACAUAUAUAUAUUUUUAUAUAUAUAUAAAGAGAGAUAAGGGUAGCAAAACCGUUAGGGUCACAUUUUGGUGUCGCCUGACUGCAAAUCUUAAGCGACGAAGGGAUCAUCUCUUUACAUUAUGAUCACUUCUUCACAUAAGUAUCACAUAUGUUGAUUUGUUUACUCUUCAUUCAUUCCUGUCAAAGAUUUUCUAUCUGCAACUCUUGAAAAAUUAAGCUUGUCAUAUUAUAAAAAGUAUCUCUGAUUCAUAUGCAGGACGUGAAGUUAUGCACCUGUUAUUUUACAUCUAGUUGAUUUUUGUGUUACCCAUAACAUGGAUAUUUCCAUUUUUGCUUAUAUUAUAUAAAUGUCUUCUAUGAAAGCCUCUCAAUUUUUGGAAAUAAAAUACAGAUUAGUAUGUUUCGAUCAAUAAUUAUUCGUGGUCCCUUUUGUCAUUUUCUUGUGCUAGCAGAUAAUGGACGAUCUCUCUAUGUAUCAAACGCACCAAACUUCGAUAAAGAUACAUGUAUUUGUUUGUUAAGUUGAGUCAGUAAAAGCAUCUGGAUUUUUUCUUUGAAAUGUGAACUUUAGUAAAACAAACAUUUAUUGUUUGGCCUUAAUAUUUAUGAUAUACAUGAAAGAUAAAGUAAGAGUAUUGUUAGAUGUAAGUAAAUAAUUUUAUGCGUGUAAAAUGUAUUUAUUACGGAUGAGUAUUAUUCUAGUCACUGAAGGUAUAUUAGUAGUUUGUAUUUUAGUAGAAACCAAUUCACUCUCGAAUCUUUUCCCUAGUAUUGCCAUUUUUAUAGCCGAAAGUCAGUGGUUCUCUCCGGCUUUCUCUAACAAUAAAAACUGGCCGCCACGAUUAAAUCAAAAUAUUACUGAAGGUGGCGUUAAAAAACAACAAUCAAACAACCAAUCGAAUCUUUUUAUUCAUGCAUAAAGUGCAUUUUUGAAAUUGUCUUGUGCCAUCAUAUUUUCACGGAAUCUUUGUGCCAUCCAUGACAGAAUAAAAUAGUUUAUUUUAAAAUUGACCCUUAAUUGAUACAUUCCGUAUGGAAAUUUCCAGGGUCCUGAAAUGUGCAUUUUACUUGGUUAUUAUAUCCCUAAUUUUAAAUCGUUUAUAUGUAUAUUUUACAAAAUUUAGAGCUUUAUACCUAGAUAAAAUUAGGUAAAUAUUCCUGUCAAAAUCAUUUUUCCCCAGUCGAGCAGAUAUCAAUACGGACGGGUCAUGCAAGCUCUUGUCUUUUUGCCUUUUUGGCUACGUUUGUACUUCUAUAUUUGACCGCUUUGAAAAAUUCCUAAAUGGAUUUUGAUGCUACUAUCGACACUUGAUAUUCUAUUUAUGCUUCUUUAUUGUUUAUUUAUGUUUGCUUUUGUUAAUAUUAAUUUAUGAGUUGUGUUUUGUUGAUGUUAACGAUUAGUGCAAUAGAUAUAAUAGUAAGGUAAUGUGAUAUUAAUUAUUUAAUAUAGAAUUAUGUAUUUCUACACAAAUAUUUAUUUAACUUUAUACUAAGUUGUUAUUGUCCUAAGCUAUAGGUAUAUGUAAGACAGAUAAUUGAGGUCAUAAUAAAAAAAUCUAGAUUUUCAUAAACCCAUUCAAAAUUUUUCUGACAAAAAAAAAGUUUUAUUCCUGAAUAUUUUCUUUCAUCUUGCUUGAGGUUUUACCAGAUGUGGUUUAAAAAAAUUAAAAUAAUUUUACAAUCGCCCACCUCGAUUAUUCAAAGAAGUUGAAUGUGAAUCUAGAAGUUUUCUAUAAUGACCUAACUGUAUGAUAUGAUUGUAAUAAAAAAUAGGAUGAA